AUGUUAAAUUCAAAACCCUCAUCUCAAACCAUAAAUGAACUUAACUUUUCGCAUAACCUACAGUCGGGCACUCACGAUACUAGCAUAUUCCCUAAUGCCUUGGAUGAUACUAAUCUAAAGGAAACAGAAAGAAUUCAGAUACACCAACAAUGCCAGUUUAAUAGUGAAGAUGACAAGUCAGUUAUAGAUAUUUCUUCAGCUGAUAUGAAGGUGAUUUCUGACUCUGGUGUAAGUAUAUCAUCGUUACCUAUUAUUGAAAGUCAUCCAAUGAAAUCGGAUAAUAGUGAAUCUGAAAUCCCGAACAAAGAUACUGCUGUUGUCGCUUUAAGUAAAGGUGAUGAAGGAAAUAAAUCUGAUGAAACAGACGAUGCGGAUAAAUUUCUGCUAAAUUUUGUUCGAAUACGUGUGGAACAAAAUGGUACAUUUUCCACUGAAUUAUUGUACAAAGCAUAUUUGGGGAAUAAAAUGAAGCAUGCAUCAAUGACACUGAAAGUUGAAGAGGAUAGGAAGGAGGCGACAACUGAGUUAUCUUCCAAAGAAGGAUUCAUAAAGAUCUUCAAGGAAAACUCUCAUCAGCCGAAUUACUGGCAACUGUUCAAAUUGAAAUCAAAUUAUGCCUUACUAUCACAUAUUGUUAUUAAUUCCUCAGUUUCAUCCACCUGUUAUGCUUCAGUUCGUCCACCUCUAUGGCUUAUCUACAGUUUAAUAAGACACCCACUAUUAUCUCUCCGUGAAAGUGCUCUUAGUGGUUAUUGUGUGUGGUUACAUUUUGAAGCAAAUAAAUGGAUUGAACGAUGUGAACGUUUAUCAGUGAAUUUCAGCCAAUCAGCUUAUUUUGAUCUUUCGAUUCCUACGACACAGUCACAUACAAUUUUGCCACCACAUUUUUCAAGAGUACGUGCGUUUGCUACAGGAUUAUUAUCACCAACAUCACCAUUAUGGUGUGUACCUGAUCCGCACUUGGAAACCGACUUGAAAGUUUAUCAAAAUCGUCAUCUAUGUUCAGUCAAGUUAUUGAACAGAGCAUUUGGUUUAAUUUUACAUGGAUUAGGGAAAUAUGCUUCUAUUGAGGAUUUUGAAAUAGUUACUGAUGAUCAACUUGGAACAUUUGUUGGUCAAUUUAUGGAAAAUAAUUGUUCCCUAGAGUCUGUACAUCGAGGUGAGACUGGAUUCAUCUCUGAACCUGUUUACAGUCAUUAUCGUCAUCAUGCUAGUUCUUCUGAAUACGAGAAGACUCUUGUCAAUAAUGAUAAUAAUAAUAAUAAUGGCGGUGAUAGCGUAUGGAGUAAACUGACAGUGAACAACAAAAAUAACGACGACAGCAGAAACAAUAAAAAUGGGUGUAAAAUGUCAUAUUUUCAUAGAUAUUAUCUAUUAUCCACCUUUCCUGUAUUGUAUUCUACAUUGAUUGGAUGUUUUGUGGAUGCGAUAUUGAGUCGGAUUGUUAAAGUAGAGAUCGAAAACAACACGGAACAGCAUAAUUUGAAUGAUGCUGUUGGUACUGAAGAUGAUAAUAAAUACAGUGGUGAUAAUACCACACCGGAAAUUGAAUUAUGCAGUGAUGGUUUAGAUGCUUUAAUCAUUCUUUUACAGGAUUCAGAUAAAUGUGUUCUAAGUACUGCUGUUAAAUCUGGUCUACUACCAGUGAUUUUUAACUUAGCUUGGUUGCUAGAGUUCGGUAUGAAUAAAGUCAACUCACUGAAGAGUCAUGCCAAUUACAUGUCUAUUGACCCAGCAUUAAUACCUAUCUUAUCUGGUUUAAGUCGUUUAGUCGGUCGCAUUACCAGCUGGAUAUUAAUGGAUGAGAAAUUCAAUACUGAUGAUAAUACAACUAAAUUUUCACAAUCUCGUCAUUUUGACUCUAUGUCAAGAUUUCAGUUGGUGAUAACUUUUGUUAAGCAUUUGAUCGCAAUGAAUUGUGAAUUCAACGAUAAUAAUGAUGAAAACGGAAAUGUUAUAACAACUUCAGAAUUGCAGCUUAAUCCAGGUCCAGUUAGUCGUUGCCUUGUACGCCGUGCUUUACACAGUCUUUUGGAAACCUCAACCAGUCACUUGAAUCAAGUGGGAUAUGAACUUGAGGCUCUAGUCAGCCAACAGAAUGUAAAUAAACAGCAAGAAAAUGGUGUCUCGACCAACUUGGAUAAACAAAUCAACCAUCUUUGUGAACAAAUGAAAUUACACCAUAGUCACUUAGAGUGGAUAUUGAACUGUAUCGUAAAUAUACUUACUUUUUCAGUUUAUCGAGAUGAAGAAAUGAUUAAUUUCUUAACGCAAUUCAACCUAACUCAUGAGAUUACUAGACAUGAAUUUUCAAAAGUGUCCACAAUACCCAGAAUGAGUCAGUUUGAUAAUCAAUAUGAUGAAAUCGUCGUAGGGAUAUGA